CAUUAGGCUUUAGACUGGAUCAGAACACAGCAAACUCUAGUCUGGAUCAGAAUUGCAGCUACACAAGAAGGAUGUCCGGGUCAAAAAUUGUGCGGUUCCUUCAGAGUCUGUCCCGCAGGAAACCUCUGGAGCCCGAAGGAGAGGAGUCCAACUUUAGGCGCUGCCUGACCACCCUGGACCUGGUGGCUCUGGGGGUCGGCAGCACGCUUGGGGCCGGCGUGUAUGUACUGUCAGGACAGGUGGCCAGAACUGUAGCCGGGCCAAGCAUCAUCAUCGCCUUCCUGAUUGCAGCGGUGGCCUCUGUGUUUGCAGGACUCUGCUAUGCUGAGUUUGGAGCUCGAGUCCCCAAAACUGGAUCAGCGUAUCUCUACAGCUACGUAACUGUGGGAGAAAUUUGGGCUUUCAUCACCGGCUGGAACUUGUUGUUGUCUUAUGUCAUAGGCGCGUCGAGUGUUGCCCGAGCAUGGAGUGGGACCUUUGAUGAUCUCAUUGGAAAUGUCAUCUCCAGCUCUCUGGGCAAACACGCUGCCAUGGAUUUACCUGGUUUAGCUCCAUACCCAGACUUCUUUGCAGCAGGCCUCAUCAUGCUGUUGGCAGGGAUUCUUGCGUUUGGUGUUAAAGAGUCCGCCAUUGUAAAUAAGGUUUUUACAGCCGUGAACAUCCUGGUACUUCUGUUUGUGAUCAUCUCUGGAACCAUUAAGGGCAACAUCAACAACUGGAGCCUUGAUGAGUCUGUCAGGGCAAGAUACGAAAACCAAACAUCGCUAAAUGAAACCGUCAGAUUUGGUUCUGGAGGAUUCUUUCCAUUUGGUUUUAAGGGAACUUUAUCUGGAGCUGCUACUUGUUUUUAUGCAUUUGUUGGGUUUGAUUGCAUUGCUACCACAGGAGAGGAGGUUAAAAACCCUCAGAAGUCGAUCCCUCUGGGUAUCGUGGCGUCACUCCUCGUCUGUUUCUUGGCAUAUUUCGGUGUUUCUGCAGCUCUAACUCUGAUGAUGCCGUACUUCCUGCUCAGUGUGAACAGCCCACUGCCAGUGGCCUUCACGUACAUUGGCUGGAGUCCAGCAAAGUAUGCGGUGGCUGUGGGAUCCCUGUGUGCUCUGUCUACGAGCCUGCUGGGUUCAAUGUUCCCGAUGCCUCGCGUCCUCUUUGCGAUGUCCAGAGACGGACUUCUGUUCAGACCUCUGAGUAAAAUGAGCGACAGACAAAGUCCAGUCACAGCGACGCUGACGUCAGGAGCUGUUGCAGCUGUCAUGGCGUUGCUGUUUGACCUGAAGGCGCUGGUCGACAUGAUGUCAAUAGGAACUCUGUUUGCUUACACACUUGUCGCCAUCUGUAUCCUCAUAUUAAGGUACCAACCUGAGUUCAGCGAGGACUCAGAACUUUUUACAGUUUCUGGACUGUUCUGUCCUCCCUUACAAGCCUCCACACGGACUUCAAAGAACGUGUCUGUAUUAACAGUUUUCAUUGUCUGUUUAGCCGUCAUCUUGAGCCUUCUCAUAUCCAGGACCGUGGACUCCCUGCAGGUCCUGGACUGGUGGAUUUUACUCUGUGUCUCAGUGCUCGCCCUGAUGCUGGUCCUCCUGAUCCUGAUCAUCUGGAGACAACCACAGAGUCUAGCCAAGGCUGCGUUCAUGGUUCCUUUGGUGCCACUGCUUCCUGUUUUCAGCACUUUCGUCAACAUCUAUCUGAUGGUUCAACUUGGAUCAGACACAUGGAUCCGUUAUGCGGUGUGGAUGUCAGCAGGUUUGAUCAUCUACUUCAGUUAUGGCAUUCAGCACAGCGUGCAGAAACAAAGACUUCAAAAUAACCACUUCAGCAUUCACAGCAUCGACACCAGCACCGAGCUGGACUCUGAACCUAGACCAGAUUUUAACGGAUAAACCACGUGACUGACGGACUGACUGAUUUAAUAACCAGAAUCACCAAGCAAAGAAGAGACAUCAUGUGUAAUUCAUUUCUUUCAAAGUUUUCUGUCCUAUUUUGCAUAAAUAAAUAAAAACCUG